AUGCCAUCUUCUUAUGGUAGAAUUGUUAAAUGGGAUAAAUUUGAAGAAAGAGAUAAAAGAAAUAUGAAAUCAGAAGGAAAGUACAAUAAAAAUUCAAGAUCUAACUUAAAUAGAUCAUCUGAAAGAUCUGAUAAAUGUGACUUUACUCCAAAAUCAUUAAAAUUGCCAAAAGGUUGGGGUACAUAUAAAUCUCCUAUAGGAAGUGUAAUAGAAGGUACUCAAUUCUUACCAUUUAAGACACCUCUUCAUAAUUCAUAUUUUGCAUUACAUGGUACACGCCUUCCUCCUGAGGCAACUUUUAGGCCGCAAGAUUUGAUAGAACAUUGCAAAAAAAAAAAUAUCAAUCUUGGUCUCAUUAUUGAUCUCACUUCAACUAAUCGCUAUUAUGAUAAGUAUGAAUUUAUUAAAAAAAAGAUACGUCACUACAAAUUACCAUGUUCCGGACAUGAAAUCCAUCAAAAUGAACCAAAAGCAUUAGAAUUUAUUCAAAUAGUGCAUGAAUUUUUAAGUGAUAGAAAAAAUCGAGAAAAAAUUAUUGGUGUUCAUUGUACACAUGGAUUAAACAGAACUGGUUACAUGAUAUGUAGAUACAUGACUGAUGUAUUAGGUAUCAGUGCAAGAAAUGCAACAGAAGCUUUUGAGAAAGCCAGAGGAUAUCCUAUGGUUAGAAUUCAAUAUAAAGAACAUUUAUAUUUAUUAGAAGAGGAAAAAAAUAAUCAAAAAAAUUGUGACCAUAAGGUUGAAACUAUUGAAGAUGAUUCUGAUAAUGGAGAAUGUAGUAAAAAACUUGGUUCAUUAACAUUAUCUAAAGAUGAAGAACAAUUAAAUGAAUAUUAA